AGCACCCCGGGGCGGGCCGGCGCCGCUGGCCAGUGAGCGAGCAGAGGAGCGAGCCCGCUCCGCCCCGCGGUGUCCGCCCCUCCCUCCUCCCUCCCGCAUAGGCAAGGCUGUGGAGGCGCCUGGACCCUGAUACCUGCCCUGCCACCCUCUCAGCACCAUGGCCGCUCCCGCUCCCCUGCGUGACUGCCAGGCAUGGAAGGAUGCCGGGCUCCCACUCUCAACCACAAGCAAUGAGGCCUGCAAGCUGUUCGAUGCUACCCUGACCCAGUAUGUCAAAUGGACCAACGACAGAAGUCUUGGUGGCAUUGAGGGCUGCCUGUCGAAGCUCAAAGCCGCGGAUCCAACCUUCGCCAUGGGUCACGCCAUCUCCAACGGCCUCGUGCUGAUCGGCACUGGAAGCUCCAUGCGGCUGGACGGGGAGCUGGACCGGGCCGUGAAGACAAUGGUGGAGGUUUCCCAAACACAGCCGCUGACGCAGCGGGAGCGGCUACACGUGUCUGCGGUGGAGACCUUUGCCAAGGGGAACUUUCCCAGAGCCUGUGAACUAUGGGAACAGAUCCUCUGGGACCACCCAACGGACAUGUUAGCCCUAAAAUUUUCCCACGAUGCCUAUUUUUACCUGGGCUACCAGGAGCAGAUGCGAGAUUCUGUGGCCCGAAUUUACCCCUUCUGGACACCCAGCAUCCCCCUGAGCAGCUACGUGAAAGGCAUCUAUUCAUUUGGAUUGAUGGAAACCAACUUCUAUGACAAGGCAGAGAAGCUGGCCAAAGAGGCUUUGUCUAUCAACCCCACGGAUGCGUGGUCGGUGCACACCAUUGCCCACAUUCACGAGAUGAAGGCAGAAAUCAAGGACGGAUUAGAGUUUAUGCAGUCCUCAGAAGCCCACUGGAAGGACUCUGAUAUGCUUGCUUGUCACAACUAUUGGCACUGGGCUCUGUAUAUGAUUGAGAAGGGCGAAUACGAGGCCGCCUUGACCAUCUACGAUAACCACGUCUUCCCCAGCUUGAAGGCCAGUGGGGCGAUGCUGGACGUGGUGGACAGCUGCUCCAUGCUGUACCGGCUGCAGAUGGAAGGGGUGUCUGUGGGUGAGCGGUGGCAGGAUAUCCUGCCUAUAACCCAGAAGCACAGCCAGGACCACAUCCUGCUGUUCAACGACGCACACUUCCUGAUGGCAUCCCUGGGAGCUCGGGACUCCGGGACCACCCAGGAGCUCUUGACCACCCUGCAGGAUGCCAGCAACGCUCCCGGGGAGAACUGCCAGCACCUCCUGGCCCGUGAUGUGGGGCUGCCCCUGUGCCAGGCCCUGGUGGAGGCUGAAAACGGGAACCCGGAACGUGUUCUGGAACUGCUCCUUCCCAUCCGCUACCAGAUCAUCCAGAUUGGGGGCAGCAACGCCCAGAGAGACGUCUUCAACCAGCUGCUGAUCCAUGCGGCCUUGAACUGCACAUCUGGUGUCCACAAGAAUGUGGCACGGAACCUUCUGAUGGAGCGUGACGCCUUGAAGCCCAACUCACCCCUGACCCAGCGGCUCAUCCGAAAGGCCGCUGCCGUCCACCUCCUCCAAUGAGCCGGACCUGGCCCCCUCCCCAGCGUCAGUUCAGCUGGCCCCUGAACCCUGAGGUUAGAAGCAGCUAGAGUCUGUUAGUUAGGGCUGUUGAGUAAUUUGCAGCUUUAAGCAGAAAGCCCUGUAACCAGCAACGUUAUGGGAAGUAGGGACACAAAUCAAUUUUAGACAUGACUCAGAAUCUUGGAACCCUUUGUUCCAAGGGCCAAGGGCCAAGGCGCAUGUGCCAGCAGUUAGAGCCAAAGUGGGCAGUGCUGUUGCCACUUGCCUGGCAAACCGUUUUCCCAGGGGACUCUUACACCUCCUGGGUUGGGGGGGCUGGCUUGGCUGGGGGAGGGGAGUCCUUCCCUGGGGAACACUCUCGCUCCUGAGGCUGCCCCUGGGAUAAGCCCUCUCCUUUUGUCUUCCCCAUUAAAUUCUAGAUAUGUUGCCCCAUCUUUUGGGUGAGAGCACCCAUGGGGGGAAGUAACUUGCCCAGGGUCACAGCUACCAGAGGCCCUGAGAUUCACCUUGGACCCCCCAGCUGUGGCACCCACCCCCCCAAAGCAGCACAGGCAUGUGGGAUGGCCCUCUCCUGUCUCUGGAGAAGUCCGUGGACUUCCCCAGGGGGCUCCGGUGGUGCCAAUUAAGGGACCUCGGGUAUGUGGCUUCCUUUGCCCACUAGGACUUGAAUUACAUGGGCGCACAUGCACUGAGCGGGCACACUUUCUGGGGGUUGUGGACUGAACUCAGGGUUGCCCUGUCCUGGCAAAAACCAAAGUCCAUGGAGCUUUACUGAGAUCUGAGCCAGUUUUCUGUUUCCCCAUCUUAACAUGGCCCGAGACACUCCUGAGCAAGCUGCUGAUUUCACUGGAAUGUACUUGUGAGGGGCGAUCCCCACCUCUAGAUGUUUCUCAGGUUCCUUCAGUGUAGGCUGAGAUUAGAUAGGGACUCAGGGAGGGGCAGUGGAGGCCUCCAAACUGAUUAGACAAAUUUCUGAGAUUAAAAUAAAUUAGUUAAUUGGUU